AAUAUUUCCUUUUUCUCUUUCGUAAUAAAGAGAAACACAGAAUCGAUUCACUCCAACUCUAUCGAGCGUCCCUUCGAACCAUGAACACCAGUAGAGAUAGUAUUUAUUUUUGAACGAUUAUUUGAUCGUUUUGGUUUAAUCGAUUAUCAUCUCCGGCCACAAACACCUCGACGUUUUCAUCUCAUCACCUGAGAAUCUACAGUGACCGCCCGCGUCAGGCAGCGGCUGUUGUGGAUAACCUUGAUAAAUCUGUGCGCUGUUUUCUUCCUUUACGUGUUUUCACAUCAACUCCAGUCGUUUUGGUUUUGUUUUGGGUUUUUUUUUUUUUUGCGUCCCAAAACAACACAACACCACUGGAUGAAAGUCAGCCGAUCAUGUCUGACGGUGAUGAAAAAGACGCACUCGUGUGCGUCACCGUGCGCCCUGGACUCUCCUCCCUGCGCGUCCCGGACAGCAUGUGAUUCUCCGACUGUCCUCCAGUGUCCCACCAGCCUCACUCCGACACCACAGUACACGCGGCAGAUGUUUUCAUCCCUCUUUCUGCCUGGAAUAAACCGUAUGUGUUGUUGAUCGACAGCGAAGACUCAGGCCUUACUCAUGCGUAAGAACAGCAAGGUGACGCAGCGCGAGCAGAGCCUGGAGCAUGUCGCAGAGUCUGUGGCUGAUCUGCUCGCACACGAGGAACCGUUCGACUACAAAAACAGCUCCCUGAAUGUCGGCGCGGCAGCUGGGAAGAACGUGCCACACAUAGAGCUGCCUGAGAACGAAGGACGCCCCGCAUGGAACAGCAAGCUGGAGUACAUCCUGGCCCAGGUGGGCUUCUCUGUGGGGCUGGGAAAUGUGUGGCGCUUCCCCUAUUUGUGCCAGAAGAACGGAGGAGGUGCCUACCUGGUUCCCUACUUCAUCCUACUCCUCCUCGUUGGAAUUCCACUUUUCUUCCUGGAGCUGGCCGUGGGUCAGAAGAUCCGACGCGGGAGCAUCGGGGUGUGGAACUACGUGUGUCCUCGUCUUGGAGGAAUAGGGAUGUCAAGUCUGAUGGUGUGUGGCUUCGUUGGUCUCUACUACAACGUCAUCAUUGGUUGGAGCAUCUUCUAUUUCUUCCAGUCCUUUCAGUUUCCUCUGCCAUGGAGCGAGUGUCCAAUCAGAAAGAAUGGCUCACUGGCAAUUGUGGAGCCGGAGUGUGAAAAAAGCUCGGCUACGACCUACUUCUGGUACCGUCAGACUCUAAACACCACCAGCACGAUUGCAGAGAGCGGAGGCCUCAACGUCAAAAUGACCUUGUCUCUGUUGGUGGGCUGGGUCAUCGUCUGUCUGGCGGUCAUUAAAGGGAUCGCCUCAUCGGGGAAGGUGAUGUACUUCAGCUCCCUGUUCCCCUACGUGGUCCUCUUCUGUUUCCUGGUCAGAGGGUUGAUGCUGAAGGGAGCCGUGGACGGCAUCGCCCACAUGUUCACGCCCAAGCUGGAGAAGAUGUUGGAGCUCCAGGUGUGGAGAGAAGCCGCCACUCAGGUCUUCUUCGCCCUGGGUCUGGGCUUCGGGGGAGUCAUAGCCUUCUCCAGUUACAACAAGAUCGACAACAACUGUCACUUUGACGCCGUGCUCGUCUCCUUCAUCAACUUCUUCACCUCCAUUCUGGCCACGCUGGUGGUGUUUGCUGUGCUGGGCUUCAAAGCCAACAUCAUGAACGAAAAGUGUGUCGUGGAGAAUGCUGAGAAGAUUCUGGAAUACCUUCACUCCAACGUCCUAAGCUACGAUCUCAUACCUCCACACGUGAACUUCUCUCACCUCAGCACCUCAGACUACGCUGAGAUGUACGGAGUCAUCAGGACGGUCAAGGAGCACAGCUUCGCUCAGCUGGGUCUGGAACCCUGUGUCCUUGAGAAUGAACUCAACAAGGCGGUCCAGGGCACCGGCCUGGCUUUCAUCGCCUUCACUGAGGCCAUGACCCAUUUUCCCGCCUCUCCUUUCUGGUCUGUCAUGUUCUUCUUCAUGCUCAUUAACCUGGGUCUGGGCAGCAUGAUCGGCACCAUGACCGGCAUCACUACGCCCAUCCUCGAUGCCUAUAAAGUCCAGAAGGAGCUCCUAACAGUCUGCUGCUGCGUCGUAGCCUUCUUUUGCGGCCUGUUGUUCGUCCAGCGCUCAGGAAAUUACUUUGUCACCAUGUUUGAUGAUUAUUCUGCCGGUCUGCCUCUCACGGUCGUGGUCAUCCUGGAGAAUCUGUCCGUGGCCUGGAUUUACGGCAGUAAAAGGUUCAUGCAGGACCUGGAGGACAUGCUGGGCUUCAGACCGUACAUGAUCUACUUCUACCUGUGGAAGUACGUCUCUCCUUUCUGCCUCAUCGUUCUCAUCUCAGCCACCGUCAUUGAGUUGGCCGUCAGCCCACCGGGAUACAACGCCUGGGUCCAAGAGCUGGCUCAGGAGCGUUUCCAGAGCUACCCUCCGUGGGCGCUGGGCAUGUGCUUCUCUCUCAUCAUCGUGGCCAUGCUCCCUCUCCCCGUCGUCUUCAUCGUCCGUCACUUCAACCUGAUGUCGGACGGCUCCAACAAGCUGUCGGUGUCCUACCGUAAAAGCAUGUUGAAGGACAUCUCCAGUCUGGAGGAGCAGGACGAGUCCAGGUUCAUCCUGGGCGCCAAAGGCGGCGCAGCGGCAGCAGCACAGAGCGGUGCAGCGGCACACAGGUCGUACCUGACCCCCGCAGGGACCAAACCCCUGGAUCCAAACUCCCUGUCUCCGAUCAGCUGCUACAGCACGGGCUACCAAAACGCUGCCAUCAGCCCCACCACCCCGACAGCGCCACCAACGCCUGUCACCCCAGAGUCUGACUCUUAACCACCGUCCAAACAUGUCUCCAUCACCCAGAACCUGUAGCAAUACUAACUGUUUGGACAUAAAGUCUCCACCAGGGGUCACUGCAGCGCCAAGAAUCCACAUCAAUGACCUACCUACACAGACCUGUUUAUCAUUUAACUAAUCUGUACACGUUCAACAUAGACAGUAGCCAUGUUGGCAGCAGCUACAAAUGUAAGGGCCGUAAAUGAUGAAAAAGACUGAGACAGUUUAUUCACUGUUUUUUUUCUUUGCCUUUAGUUACAAGGUAACAGUCUCACCUUGAAAAAACAACGGCGCUGUAACGCCCUCCUCAGGCCAAGACACAUAAUUCCUCACUAAGAAUGUAGUCAGUGCGAUCAGCGCUCUGGUAACUAACUUCUCAAUUUAGCUCAUUUAGAAAGACUUGAACAAACAUAAAGAUUAUUCUACUGUUACCGAUUAGCUGAGGCUCCAAAUCACUGAAUAUGUCAUAAAUAAAUCAGAAUAAUGAGGCGGGUGGGGAGGGGAGGGAGGGGUCAUAUCUACUGCACCUCUUGAAUGCGCUGAAAGAAAGCUUAUUAAAGAAUAUAGCACAAUUCAGGUCAUAGAUGGACCUCCUGACUGUCGUCAAUGGACCCCCAGAGGUCCGGGAGCCCCUGGUUGAGAAUUAUCGCAUAUAAAAGAGCUAGCUUUAUCAUCACACUUUUUAUGCACAUCAGUUAUUUUUCCAUCCUAAUGGUGAAAGUAUAUGGUAAAUACAUAUGGAGUACAGUGUGUGUUAACUGUAAUAUCACAUGAUAAAACGAUCCACAGAAACAACAGCGUGUUCUAACCCGUGGUUCGAGGUCACACAGAACGACGUGUUAUUCAUAUUUUGCACAAGAUUGUCGCCACCAGAAAUGAGCCAUUACAUCAACAUUGAAGUAAAUCAUAGGUCCAGUAUGCAGUACUGUACUCUUACUGUUAAUAUACACAAGGAAUGUAGCUCCCCUGCCCCCCCUGCAGGGGGCGUGUGGAUCAGGAGAAACCUUUACUUGUCGUCCAAACUCUUGGAUGAACUUCUCAGGGUUGUUCAUUGGAAGUCAGAGAACCAACACUGUAGAUACCUUACCGGUCAUCCAAACAGGUCACCAACGUAGGAGCAGCUUCUGGUCCACCUGACUGGUCACAUGACAUAAAUCCAGUUCUUCCUCGUGAUCAUCAGCUCACUUCCUCCAUGUUUCACCUUCUUUUCUUUUUUUUUCUUCCAGUAACGGAGCUAAACGUGUUUUUCUCUUCACUGCUUGUUCUUGCUCUCAGCUUCUUUGUCCUCCCUGUUCUCACACACUCACCUCACAGGUGCGUCUCAUUAACCUCCUCCUCCUCCUC